CUCACCCUCUUCCCGCACACCAACACCACCUCCCGCGGCUACCCCAGUGCCACUGCGCGCCACUUCCGCCCGGGGCUCAACGCCGCCGCCAUCACCAGACUCGCGCGCCCCGAAGAGGCCGGGCGCCUCGUCUCGAGCGCGGGUCGCGCCCUCGCGCGCCUCCGCGCGGCGCUCGCGUCGUACGUCGUCCUGCCGAUAACACUCGCGCGCGACGAGUGCGAGCUGCGGCGCCGCGAGCUCACGCGCAUCCGCGACGCGCGCGCGGAGGCCCUCGGCAGGCUGCUCGCCGCGCGGCCGCACCUCGGGCGCGCGCUCGUCAGCACGCAGGACGUCGCCGGGGGCGGUGGGGCGGUGCUCGCUGUGUCGAGUGGCAUCGAGCCGUGUUUGGCGCUCCUUGCGGACGCGCUCGGGGAAGAUGAUGUGAUCAUGCGCGAGGAGACGACGGGUGACGCGCUGAGCGCGCUGAUUGCGCUUAGGAGCCGGGUGUUUGAUAGGCGCGGUGGGCAGGACGGUAUGACGCUGUAUGAGAACAGGCCGUCUCGGCUCACGCUGCUGUGGCCGCGCCUUGUGCUUGUGCCGCCGCUCGCGCUCAUGGCGGCGCGCUAUGCGUGGGCGUCGCGCGGCUCGUUGCGGGAGUUCGCCGGCGACGCCGCUGAGACGGCGGGGAACUUUUACAGGGACUGGCUCGUCGAGCCGGUUCGUGGAGUGUUGCAUACGAUUAGGGCGGGCAGCGAGGGAGGGAUUAUCGUUACCAAGGAGGCUGUCGAUGCAGAUUUAGCUUCUUUGGAGCGCAUGUCGCUGUCUCUUGCCCAGGAGAAGCUGAAAUACACCAGCGAGCAGCUCGACGAGCUCUCCCGCCAGAUACGCACGGGCGACCUCACCACCGUGCUGAGACUGUACGAAGAAGACAUCAAAACGCCCCUCCGGUCCGCCGUCGGCGGCUCGCUCAUCCGCUCUGUCCUCGUGCAGGUCCAAAAAGCCAAGGUCGACAUCGACCAGGCGCUCAAGGGCAUCGACAAACUCCUCAAGUCGCAGGAGCUCACGUUCGCGUUCGUCGGCGUCGCACCCGCGUUCGCGAUCGUCUACGUUACCGGCGGCUUCCUCACGAACUUCUUCCUCAGCCCCGGGAAGCGCGCCGUCGGCGGCAAGCGCCGGCGCAUGGGCGUGUGGCUUGCCAUGCGCCGCGUUGAGCGGCUGCUCAUCGUAUCGCCCAGGUCGCUCCCUACCGACGUUGCCCCGUCGCUGUCGCCGUCGCCGUCGCCCGCUGCUGCAACGACGACAGGUUCAACGCAACAACAACACUUGCAGGACGGGGGAGACGCGAUUCCGCCGCUGACGGCAGGCCUGCUGCUGCUCUCGGUGACGCACCUGCGGCAGUUCGCGGAGCGCAGCCUGCCGGGGCGGUCGGCGCUGCGCGAGGGCUUCCUCGAGGAUGUGCGGGACCUGGAGGACCCGGGGCUCGGGCGGGCGGAGAAGCUGCGUGUUGUGGACCGCAUGUGGAAGAGCUGGGGCGAGACGCUCGGGUGGACGCGGCAGGCGCGGGUGUGAGGCUGGGUGAGGUAGUUCAGGGGACGAUGAUAUAUAAUAUAGCACUUGGACCACUA